GCGCUGGGACGGAGUGCUGGGAGCACUGGGAUGAAGCUCUUGGAGCACUGGAACAGAGCACUGGGAAUACUGGGACGGAGCACUGGGAAUACUGGGAAUACCGGGACGGAGCACUGGGAGUGCUGGGAGCACUGGGACUGAGUGCUGGGAGUACUGGGAAUACUGAGACGGAGCACUAGGAAUACUGGGAAUACUGAGACGGAGCACUGGGAGUGCUGGGAGCACUGGGAGCACUGGGAUAGAGUGCUGGGAGUACUGGGAAUACUGGGAUGGAGUACUGGGAGCAUUGGGAAUACUGAGACGGAUCACUGGGAGCACUGGGAGCACCGGGACUGGGAGCACUGGGAGCGCUGGGGACACCGGGGACACCGGGACUGGGAGCACUGGGAAUACUGGGACGGAGCACUGGGAGCGCUGGGAAUACUGGGAGCACUGGGACACCGGUACUGGGAGCACUGGGAGCAUCAGCAGCACUGGGACACCGGCAACUGGGAGCACUGGGAAUACUGGGACGGAGUGCUGGGAGUACUGGGAAUACUGGGAGCACUGGGACGGAGCACUGGGAGCACGGGGACACCGGUACUGGGACGGAGCACUGGGAGCACUGAGAUGGAGCACUGGGAGCACUGGGAACACUGGGACGGAGCUCUGGGAGCACUGGGAACACUGGGACGGAGCACUGGGAAGGAGCACUGGGACGGAGCACUGGGACGGAGCACUGGGAAUACUGAGACAGAGCACUGGGAUGUCCAGCCCCACGCCACGCCAGGAGAACCGGGGACACUGGGAACACCGGGGACACCAGUACCGGAGGACUGGGAGCACUGGGAGCAGCGGGGACACCAGUACCGGAGGACUGGGAGCACUGGGAACACCGGGGACACCAGUACCGGAGCACUGGGAGCACUGGGAGCAGCGGGGACACCAGCACCGGAGCACUGGGAGCACCAGGGACACCAGUACCAGAGCACUGGGAGCACUGGGAGCACCGGGGACACCAGUACCAGAGGACUGGGAGCACUGGGAGCACUGGGAUGUCCAGCCCCACACCACCAGCAGCACUGGCCGGACCAGCCCCACGCCAGGACACAACUGGGGACACUGGGGACAAGGAGCCACGUCCAGCCACGUGCCACGCUGGUGACACCCGAGGUGGUGGCACCAGAGGUGGUGACACCAGAGGUGGUGACACCCGAGGUGGUGACACCCAAGGUGGUGGCACCCAAGGUGGUGGCACCCAAGGUGGUGACACCCAAGGUGGUGGCACCCGAGGUGGCCAUGCCACGCCAGAAGUGCCACAGCCUGGCACGAGGACGCUGUGGUGUCCCUCGCCACGCGGAGCUGGUGGCACUGGGGUGGCCGUGCUGCUGGAAGCCACGGGCCAGUUUGACAUGUGGAGGGACUACCUGGGGCUGGCGGCCCUGGUGGCCCUGCUGCUCCGUGAGCCUGCGGGCCUUGGGGACAGCUCGGUGACAAUGGGGGCUCUGGCUCCGUGGGAUGGGUCAGCUCCAUGUGCUGGGCCAGCUCCACAUGUGGGGUCAGCUCCACCUGCUGGGCUAGCUCCAAGCUCCGAGCCAGCUCCACGCACUGGGCUAGCACCGUGCUCCUUCUGCCAGCACAACGGCGAGGCACCGGCCGUGUACCGGAGCCACAGCCUGCGGGACGCUCAGGGCCGCCUGCAGUGCCCGGUGCUCCGCAGCUACGUCUGUCCCCAGUGCGGGGCCACGCAGGACCAGGCUCACACGCGUCGCUUCUGUCCCCGCACGCACCGUGGUUACACCUCGGUGUACUCGCGGCCCGCCGGGAGGAGGGAGAGGAGCGGCAGGAUGUAGAGCCGGGAGGGAGGAGGGAGGAUCCCGCGGCACCGGCACCGGGCAGGGACUUCCCCAGAGGAUCAGACCAGUUUGGAGCUGCACUGGGACCAGUUCUGGAGCUGCACUGGGACCAGUUCUGGAGCUGCACUGGGACCGGUUCUGGAGCCGCACUGGGACCGGUUCUGGAGCCGCACUGGGACCAGUUUGGAGCUGCACUGGGACCGGUUCUGGAGCUGCACUGGGACCGGUUCUGGAGCCGCACUGGGACCAGUUCUGGAGCUGCACUGGGACCAGUUUGGAGCUGCACUGGGACCAGUUCUGGAGCUGCACUGGGACCAGUUUGGAGCCGCACUGGGACCAGUUCUAGAGCUGCACUGGGACCAGUUCUGGAGCCGCACUGGGACCGGUUCUGGAGCUGCACUGGGACCAGUUUGCCCAGUUUGUGUCACCUCCUGAGGCCGUGGCUCCCUGCAGGAUCCAGAUCUGGGCGCUCUGAAUUUGGGGUUGGUUUGAGUUUUGGGUUUGAGUUUUGAGUUUUGGGUUUGAAUUUUGGGUUUUGGGUUUGAGUUUUGAGUUUUGAACUCACAGUUUUGGAUUUGAGUUUUGAACUCAGAGUUUUGAAUUUGAGUUUUGAACUCAGAGUUUUGAGUUUUGAACUCAGAGUUUGGUUUGAGUUUUGAACUCAAGAGUUUUAGAUUUGAGUUUUGAGUUUUGAACUCAAAGUUUUGGGUUUGAGUUUUGAACUCAGAGUUUUAGAUUUGAGUUUUGAGCUCAAAGUUUUGAGUUUUGAGCUCAAAGUUUUGAGUUUUGAGCUCAAAGUUUUGAGUUUUGAGCUCAAAGUUUUGGGUUUGAGUUUUGAACUCAGAGUUUGGUUUGAGUUUUGAGCUCUGAGUUCUAAGUUUGGUUUGAGUUUUGAACUCAAGAGUUUUAGAUCUGAGUUUUGAACUCAAAGUUUUGAGUUUUGAACUCAAAGUUUGGUUUGUUUUGAACUCAAAGUUUGGUUUGUUUUGAACUCAGAGUUUUAGAUUUGAGUUUUGAGCUCAAAGUUUUGAGUUUUGAACUCAGAGUUUGGUUUGAAUUUUGAGUUUUGAACUCAGAGUUUUGGGUUUGAGUUUUGAACUCAGAGUUUGGUUUGAGUUUUGAGCUCUGAGUUUUGGGUUUGAGUUUUGACUUUCGAUCUCUGAGUUUUGGUCAAUCCCAAAAGGCCUCAAUGCUCCAGGGAUUACCAGAUAUUUCGGGUUGGAUUAUUGAGUUUUGGUUAAUCCCAGACUGAAAAGGGGUCAGUGCUCCAAGUGUUGUAGCUGUUACCAAAUAUUUCGGGUUGGAUUAUUAAAUUUUGAUUAAUCCCAGUUUGAGAAGUGGCUGCUGCUCCAAUAUUUGGGGUUGGAUUGUGGAGUUUUGGUAAAUCCCAGACUGAAAAGGGGUCAGUGCUCCAAUAUUUUGGGUUGAAUUGUGGAGUUUUCGUUAAUCCCAGAUUGAAAAGGAGUCAGUGUUUCAAUAUUUGGGGUUGGAUUGUGAAGUUUUCAUUAAUCCCAGACUG